AUGCUUCCCGCCUCGAUCUCGCCUCCUGGAUUCUCUUCGUCUUUACGCGCGCCUUUACAGGUGGUCGAUGCCGCCUCGGUGUCCUCCCCUUUGGCUCGCGAUAUGUCUGUGGGUAAUGAGCUUCCUGAUCUCGAAAACUUGAUCAGUGAUGUUGCUUCCUCCUCCUUAGCUUUGGAUUUCAAUAAAUUUCUUUCCGAAUCAAUUGACACGACUUCUGUUCUUCCUGAUAUUCCCAUUUGGGCUAAGGCUGCUACGAAUCGCCGCGCUCUAUUGGCAAAUUUUGACGCUGAUCCAGUCGAAAUUUCAUCUAUCGACUAUCAGUAUGUGUAA